AUGCGUGCCUCUUUCGCUACUCUCUUCGCCGUCGCCGGCGCCGCCGCUGCUGCCGACAGCACCUGGAAGCUUAUGUCCACCUCCACCGGCUGCAAGUUCGGCCGCUGCUUCACCAGCUACGUUGUCUCCGGUGAGGAGUUCACCGCCGAUGGCGUGACCUUCCCUGCUUUCGCCGCCCGCUGCAAGACCAUGAGUAGCUGCACCAACGCCGUUGAGGGCUCUGUCAUCGACUCCAUCGCCGCCGACGGUGUUCUCACCAUCACCCAGACCGUCGUCGACAACGGCGUCAAGAAGUCCGCCAAGGCCGUCCUCGACUGGGACGAGUCCUCCGAGGUCUACCUCGAGGCCACCGCCAAGGCCCAGUAA